AUGCUUAUGGACCCUUCUUUCAAUUCCUCUCACCAAGAACAACGACGACAAGAUCAAGAUCAAGAUAUUUCCACUUGCUCCAAUAAUAAUAAUCAUUCUUUCCAAAUGCGUCAAUUACUAAUCCGUUGUGCUCAUUUCAUUUCUCAAUCUGAUUUCCUUUCAGCGCAUCAUCUUCUAUCAAUUCUCUCUUCAAAUUCCUCUCCUUAUGGUGAUUCCACUCAAAGAUUACUUCAUUACUUCUCUUCUUCUCUUUCUCAUCUCCUCCCUUCUUCAAAUUCUUCUUCUUUUGUCCUUCAUCAUCAUCAUCAUCAUCAUCAUUAUGAUAACAACAAGAUUCAAUCUUGUUACUUAUCAUUGAAUCAAAUCACACCCUUUAUUAGAUUCACUCAUUUGACUGCAAAUCAAGCUAUUUUGGAAGGUAUUGAAGAAAGUGGAAUGAUUCAUGUUUUGGAUUUUGAUAUCAUGCAUGGUGUUCAAUGGCCUCCUCUUAUGCAAGCUUUGGCUGAUCGUUUUCCUUCUCCUAUGCUUCGUAUUACUGCUACUGGGCUUGAUCUUAACUUCCUUCAUAAGACUGGUGAUAGGCUUUCUAAAUUUGCUCAAUCACUUGGUUUGAGGUUUCAGUUUCACCCUUUACUUCUUCUUCAUGAUCGUGAUCAUCACCGUGUUAUCCCCGCCGCUCUCACGCUCUUCCCCGACGAAGCGCUCGCCGUCAACUGCGUACUCUACUUGCACAGGUUACGAUAAAUUUACAGGCUAAUGAAGGACGAUAUUCGAGUAUUGCUUCAUAAAAUCAAGGCAUUGAAUCCAAAAGUGGUGACUAUAGCUGAAAAGGAAGCAAAUUUCAACCAACCAUUAUUCAUGCAAAGAUUUGUAGAGGCAUUAAAUCAUUACAGUCUAAUAUUUGAUUCAUUAGAAGCAACUUUGCCUCCAAAUAGUAGGGAGAGAUUGGCAGUGGAACAAGGUUGGUUUGGGAGGGAAAUAAACGACAUCGUUUCAGGAGAAGGGAAUAAGAGAAGACAACACUAUGAAAGGUAUGAAUCAUGGGAGUUAAUGCUUAAAAGUUUGGGGUUUUCUAAUAUUCCUUUAAGCCCUUUUGCUCUUUCACAAGCUAAACUCCUUCUUAGACUUCAUUACCCUUCUGAAGGUUACCAUCUUCAAAUCCUUCAUGAUUCCCUUUUCCUUGGUUGGCAAAAUCAACCCCUUUUUUCAGUCUCUUCAUGGCAUUAACCCAAAAGGAAAAGAAAAGUAUCCCCAAUAAAAAAAAAUG